AUGGGUUUGAGCACAAAACAGGUUUCUUCUAAUGAAGGAUUGGACUGGAGCCAGAGCAGCCUAAUCCUGCAGCCGCCGCCGCAGAUCCUCCAUCUAGCGGCGGCGGCUGCAACGAAGCCGCCGCCUCCACCCGACCAGACGGGCAGGAGGCGGCAUCAGACGAACCCGGACCACAACCGACCCGACCCGCCGGUGAAUUGCCCGAGAUGCGACUCCACCAACACCAAGUUCUGCUACUACAACAACUACAACAAAUCCCAGCCCAGGCACUUCUGCAAAGCCUGUAAGCGCCAUUGGACCAAAGGCGGGACCCUCCGCAACGUCCCCGUCGGCGGCGGCCGGAAGAACAAGCGCCCUCACAAACCCUCCGGCUCCGGCGGGAUCAUUAACAAGGUCGAUCCCAAGAUGGUAAUUCAAGCGCAGCAGAAUAAGAAGCCGAAACAGAGUACUAAUUCUGGAGGCAGAGCAUCAUCAUCAUCAAACGACGACACCGUUUUGUGCGGGUCGUCACUAAAGCUCCCGUCGCCAAUGGGCGAUUCCGCCGUCGCUAAUUUCGACGACGAGGAGGGAAUCGGGUUUGUGCUCACACAAGGUCUGAGCUUUCCUAAUUACUCUGCCCAAUCCGCCGGCGCCGUUGCGAGUUUCGAGGGGCAGUUUCUGGGCUUGCCGUUCGGCCGCGGAGUAGGAUAUGCUCCAGCCACGUGGCAAGUUCCGUGCACCGUCAGCGGUGGGAGUGGGGAUAUUAAUGAUGUAGCGACGGCGACGACGACGAGCGGCGGCGGGGGCGGGUUUUGGAAUUGGGAUGUCGACAUGGAUAACUUGUUGGUUUCUUCCGCGGAUCUCAACAUUCCGUGGGAUGAUUCUGAGAUUUUAAAUAAACCAUGA